AUGUCGUCCAAGGCCGUCAACCGUCCAACGGACUCCAAGCAGAAGGAGAAGGAUAUCAAUCAAAAGCUGCAGCUGUAUGGAAUCUAUCAAGGUUUUAAAAAUGGCAAGCUUCCAUCGAACAAGCAAUGUGAUGUCGCUUUGAACAGUGCCUUGAAUUCCAGAGCUCUUUCCUCGCCUUCGAAGGAUCUCUCGGAAGAAGGCCAGCAUUUAGUCAAAGAUCUUCGGGAUGUCAUUGAACAGGCAAAGAAGCUCAUGCUCAGCAAGAACCAUGACGAAAUACUCCAGGACUUUAUCUACAGCACUCAAAGUAUAACCUCUGGGGAUGCCGAGAGGCCAAAUGUGCCCAUUGAAAAGGAAUCUGCUCAACAGGAUGGCACCCGUGCCAUGGAAGGCCUCAAGACUCUCGGUAACCUUCUGAUUACGAAUGGCGAAUUCCGGAAGCUGCUCAGUGAUGCCACCAUCUUGAUCCGCGACAUUGCCGGUGACGCCUCGCAGAAGGCUGCCGAUAGAGUCCGUCCAUCAGAGGAGCAACUUGCGCAGGUCGAUCAGCCAGCAGAGGAAAAUGUUUGGCACGAGAAGCCAAAUCUUUCCAAAGAUGAGUUGAAGGCUCGAUUCAAAAACCGCGCAAAUGAGAAUAAGCCGGCGGCAGCUGCGAACAAAGCUGCCCAAGCUUCGACUGGAGGCCAGCAACCUACCUCGGCAUCUGACAUUGAUUUCCGCGGCGGAGCCGUUGCGGGAUAUCAGAACCUCAAAGAAACGACAUCGGAAAAUGUGCCCGAGGAAACGAAGAAUCGCACUCGCGAGCUUGCGGAUCGAACCAAGAACUACCUAUCGCAGAAGAUGCCCCAGGAGCGCCGUGACCAGGUCAUUUGGCGCUUGAAGAAGAUGGUGCUGGAGUGUCAGAGCCAUGCCGACUACCAACAAGCUAUUGAGACCCUGCUCGAGCUUGCUGAGAAGUACGCUGGCCACACCAAGGACUAUGCAAGCCAAGGUUCUGGUGCGGUGAAAGACGUGAGGGCUGGGGGCCCAGUCCAGCAGGCAGAGACAAACCUUCGCAUUUUGAUCGAGCGAUUUGCAAACGGUACAUCCAUGGACGACUUCUUCGACUCACUAAACAACAUCUAUAAAGAUGCGGACCAGGACCCUGAGCUAAAGUCUUGGUUCAGACACCUCGAUUCCUAUAUCAGGAAAUGCCUCCAGGAGCAAGGGUUCAUCCUCAAGGAAGAAGCAAACACAGAAUGGAACCAGCUGUACGACAAUGGUCGCUUCUUGCUGCGCGAACGCUACAGGGGCCAUACAGAUCAUAUUCUGGAUGAGAUCAAAUUCCUUGCGGACCAGUUCAACCAGGAUCCCCAGAACAGGGCAUUCGGGGAUGCUGUUCAGAGACUCUUCCUUGAUCUCGGUAAAGAUGCGGAUGGAAAGCCCGCUUUUAAGAAGCACCUCCUUGUUGAUAUCAGGGACGUCAUCCUGCCGGCCAUUUUUGAAAAUGUUCGCUAUGUUCCGAUCCCUCGUAUUGAGGUUUCGGACCCCAUGGCUGAUGUGGUGGUUGAAAACCUUGUUAUUGAGAGUGACAACCUGAUGCCCAACGUCAUGGAAUUUGGAAGCGACAACUACUUCCGUUGGGGCCGGAAGAAGAUCAGCAACAAGAAUGACCACAAGAUCAUGAUCUCGUUGUCUGGUAUUCAAGCUGAUCUUAGAGAUGUUAGCUACUACAUCAAGAAGAAACAGGGGUUCCCAUCUUUGACCGAUACUGGUGUGAUGGAUAUCUUCCUCGGUGGUGAGGGUUUCAGCUGCAAGAUUGCCGCAUCUUCGGCGCAGAAGAGCGAUAGCCAGCAUUUCAUGAAGAUCGACAAGGUGAAUGUGAAGAUUUCGAACAUGGAUAUCAAGCUUCGCAAGUCCAAGCAUAAGAUUCUAUUCACCUUGUUCAAGCCGAUGCUCUUCAAGAUCGUCCGCCCUAUCUUGCAGAAGGUGCUCGAGAAGCAGGUCCGCGAAGCGUUCAACAAGGGAGAUGCCUUCAUGUAUGAGAUCCAUACCGAAUCCCAGCGCGCCGCCGAGGCUGCUCGCAACGAUCCCGAGAAUGCGCCCAACAUCUACUCGCGGUACGCCGACGCAACCCGCGCCAAGUUGACUGAGAGGAAGAAGAAGGCCGAAGCCGUGGCCCAGCGCGACACCAAAAUCCAGUUCGCCGCCACUCACGCCGACUCCAUGUUCCCCGACAUCAAGCUACCCGGCGGCAUCUCCAACAAGGCCACCGAGUACUCUGAGAUCGCGAAGAAGGGCGAGCGCUGGUCCUCCCCCAUUUUCAGCAUCGGCAGCGCGUCGACCUCGAAGGAUAUCCCGAAACAGCCAGCCGUCACCCGCAAGCCGCACGCCACCGCCGAGGGCAGGUUGCGAGACCGUCCUGCCAAUGGGUCUGCUGUUCCCAACGGCGGACUUGUUUCCAACGGCGGACUUCAGGUGGUCAAUGGCGGCGCCGGCGGUUAUGGUGGAUAUCCCUCUCGCGGAUUCUCGGACGAAGUCGAACAUGCCUUUGAGAAUGGCAGCGCGAACGGUGUGCAUGGAAAGGUUGGCGGCCUCGACGGGGCGGCCACAGUCACUGGCUCUCUCAACCCCCAGCCUUUCAAUCCCCAGAAUAUCUAG